CAUGAUAAAACAUACCCCUAGAACACUACGCCCCUCCCUUAACCAAGAAAAGUCCGGCCCUAAUACAAUAAACCACGCCUCUAACCAUAUAAGCCACAUCUCUAACACAAUAAACGAUGCCCUUAAGACAAUAACCCUGCCCUUAACACAAUUAAUACUGCUUCUGCUGGACCCGAACCUUCUGUUGCCAGGGUUACAAUGGCCCCAGCCUUUCGGCUAACGACUCGACCGGCCGUGUCUGAGAACAUGGCACAGUUUACAGUUGACUUCAGCACAGAGAGGUUGGGGCUUCAGCGGCUUCAUUUCCUGCCAGUUCCAAGAGCUCCAGAGAUCGACGUCGCCAACUGUGUUGUCUGUGACAACACCAUCUCUGUUGCCUGGCAACCGGCUGGGGAUGCUGACAGCGACAGUGGAAGAAUUGAACGCUAUGAAGUCGAAUACCGAAAAACAAACCGCGACUCCUCGCUGAGAGCAGCAGGAGAGGCAUGCUGGGAAAAAAUCCAUGACAUCAGAGAGACAAAGGUCACGAUCUCAGGUCUGAAGUUUGACUCCUACUUCGUUGUUGUUCGAGUUCGAGCAAAAAACAAGACUGCUGCUGGCGAGUUCUCAGAGCCGGUUGCCAUAGAAACCAGAGCAUAUAAUUUUGGCUUUGAUGCAGCGACGGCUCACGCUGAGCUGAAGAUCACAGGUGAUACUGUAACCUGGGAGCCACAGGGGGUCAAGGGUCAUGACCCCCGCCUGAGAAGCAAAGACAAUAAAAACAGCAGCAGAAGCGCGACGCCUUCGCCCAAUAAGACGACAGGAGGUCGAGGAGGACGCGACCGAUUUGCCGGAGAGUCGUACACAGUGCUGGGUGACCUUGAGAUGACAGGCGGCCUUCACUACUGGGAGCUCCGCCCCCUGGCGGACUGGAAAUCAUUCAGUGUGGGCGUGGCUUAUAGGCUAAGCCUGGGCCGAUACGACCAAUUAGGAAAGAGUGCUGGUUCGUGGUGUCUCCAUGCCAGCCAAUGGCUGCAGAGCUCUCUCGCUGCAAAGCACAACAACCGAGCCAAGGCGCUCGAUUGGCCGCUGCCUCAACGAAUCGGAAUCUACUGUGACUAUGAUAAUGGUGAGCUAGCGUUCGUUGACGUCGAUCGACUUCAGCUUCUUCACUCCUUCAAAACAAGGUUUAGCCAGCCGCUUGUCCCCGCCUUCACCGUCUGGUGUGGUGGCAUCACCGUGGUCACAGGCAUGCAGGUUCCGAGCUUCAUGGGUAAUUUUCUUUCCACCAAUCGGAGCCUCAGUAAUCUUUCACAGUAAAACAAAGUUUCCCAAUCAAAUUAAUUUAAUUCUUACAAUCUUAUAAUUUAUUUAUUUAAUUUAU